AUGAUGUGCAAAGGUUUUCGCACCACAGCCACCUCUGUGGCCAUCAUCCUUGCAGGCAUACCACCACUAUAUCUUAGAGCCGAGCAAGAAGCUACAGUAACCAGAGUCCUGCAACUACGCAAAGACGCCACCUUCCACGAUACAACCCAUAGUCCGACCUUAUAUGAAAACCCUCGCCCCACCCAACGCCCACAUCCAGGCAUUCAAGGAAGAAACUUCCGCAUCACCAUAGACAACACUAGCAAUUCUAGUAUUCCCAACGCUACGUACGUCUACUACACCGAUGGAUUCAAGUUUGAAGAUGGAGUUGGUAGCGCCUACAUUUGCUACCACCAAAAUGAUGAACAUACCAGUUGGAAGGCAGCACUGCGGCACUUCAAUAGUGUGUUCCAGGCAGAAGUCUUGGCCAUCCUCAACGCCACCAACGACAUACUAAGUAACGGCUACCGCCAAGCAUGCAUCUGUACAGACAGCCAAUCUUCACUCCUGGCAAUUCAAAACUUAAGCCACACCUCCCCAAUUAUCUCCGAAAUCCAAAAGCUACUCUCUGUAAACCACCAGCAACGCAUUCACCUCACCUGGGUCAAGGCGCAUGCUGGUCUAGAUGGAAACGAGGCAGCAGACACCCUAGCCAAAGAAGCCGCCACCAGUUCUGAAGUUCAGCAAAUCCGUAUCCGUGCACCACCAUCGCAUCUAAAGAGGCUUCUCAAAGAAGACCUACUCAAAAAAUGGCAAGAGGAAUGGAACGCGUGUGACACCGGACGACGGACCCUACAAUCUCCUACCCAAAAGUCUCUCUAUCACGCCUCAUAG